GCCGUGGUGAUGGGACAAGUGGAUUUUGCAUGCACAAAUCUGGAUGAAACUAGCACAUGGUCUUUGCGGGACAAUCCUUGCUGCACUUUGGCUGGCCUUAGUGAUUUCCUACGUGGCUGCACCAUGCAAGUUGAUUGAGGAGCACAUGUACACUAUGGCCUUGUUUGCCUGUCAAAGUUUGGAUAGCUUUCCAACUGAACUGCCGACCUUGACAUUAGUAUUCUUCUUGGUCCUGUGCUUGGUACUUGUACCAGGGACGGUCGUACAAGUCUCCGCCGUGAGGUGGAAUGUCAUGCUUCACAGUGUUGGUGUCGCUACACUCGCAGCUUGCAUUUUGAAAGUGUGCCUUUUGUAUGGCGAAUCCCGAUCACUGCUGAAGGACAGUUUGGUGUUCACAGGGAUCGUCACAGGAAGAGCCGCAGCUAUGUAUCUGGGCAUGCUGUUGCUGGCCAUCUCAAGACGGUCCAUCAUUUCAGAUCGGUGGAACUUGGACUACCCAAACAUGAUCGCUUUUCACAGGCCCGUUGGGUGGUGGGUGCUGUGGAUGAGUUUGCUCCACUCAUUGGCAUUUGGAUUCUAUUACUUAUGCCGUGGCGGUUGGAGAGAGCUUUUGGAGGCUUGCCUACCAGUUGCUGUGCGCUGUGAUGGUUCUGAUCACUGUUGGAACACCUUGGGCCUUGUCAAUGGGUUUGGUGUCGUGGCAACUGCAGCCACCAUCAUCCUGGCGGUCUCCUCCCAGAAAGUGAUCCGUCGACGUUUCUACAACCUCUUCUAUUUCACCCAUCUGGUGACAUCCUUUGUCUUCAUGCUGUUCUGCGGUUUGCAUGAUUUUGCCAUGGUGAUUCUCAUGUUUCCUGGACUUGUGUUCUACGUGAGAGAUCGCUUUUCUGGCCUUGUUUCCUUGCGCGGCAGCACCGAAGUGACAAUCAACAUCUUGUGCCGCAGUGAAACUUCAUCUUUGGUCAUGUUCUCCUGGUAUCCUGCCGAGGGAAACAGGGGAUCCCAUCUUUUGCCCGGCACUCGUUGGGUGUAUUGUCGGCAGAAGACCAUUUCCGGUUUGGAAUGGCAUCCCUAUUCAACCAUUUUUCAUGGAAACCGGGCGUUCAUUUUGUUGAAGGCUGCAGGUGAUUGGUCAACCUCACUAUGCAAUUCGGCCACCAGAGAUACAUUGAGACUUGACAUCGAAGGUCCAUAUGGCAAGUCCAGUGACAGUUCUGGGCGGCUUGGCUCUGGGGAUCAGGUGCGUACACUGUUGAUCGCAGGUGGUGUUGGCAUUUCACCUUUUAUCGACCUGCUUGCUGGGCCAAUCGACAGCCGUCGAAUAAAGUUGGUGUGGGCGGUUCGUGGUGAUGAGUAUCAAGCACUUGCUGCAGCCAUCGAUUUUCAGUUCCUUCGCCAGAGAGCUGAGAUCUGCGUCUUCAUCACAUCGCAGCCUCUUUCUGACGAUGUUCCCACCCUGGAGACGAAGAUCGGAUCGGGCUUCGGUGGUGAAGAAACACCAGAAACAGCUGGGCCUUUCCCGAUUUUUGUGCUAUUUGCUCUGAUCUUGGCAUCGGCAACAGCAACAGAUUAUGCUGCACACUACUGGGAUAGCAUUUUCUUCGCGCAGGUGGACUCUUUGAUGGAGUGGGCGCUGCUCAUGCGAGUAAUGCCCAUUCUCCUGGUGGCCGUGGGAGUUGUAGUCGUGAGCACUGGAUUGCAGUUGAUUCCAAGAUGUGCACGAUACUUCUUUCGUGAAAGAGCCACCAACCUUGACUCGCGGCAGCUGGUUGAAGAUGCAAGGGAAAUCCCGAGAUCACAAGUCCACAUCCAACAUGGAAAGGUCAACCUACGCAAUCUGGUUCAGCAAGAAGCCCAACUUGGCCUCCUUGAGUUGAAAGCCUGCGGUCCCGAGCGCAUGUUGUCGGAGCUGACCUCGAUCACACGAUGGCUGACCAGUGAAAACUACCAGGUGAUUUUGGAGAAUUUGGAGGCUGAACUAUGACUUAAGGGACCUGAGUAGUUUGAGUGAUUUCCUGAAGGUGUGAUUCAAAUUUGGGAAUUAAAUGGGGAUCUCCUCCAGCUUAUACCAGUUUUGACAAGGAGAUUGCUCCAGCCUUCAUCACAUGCAUGGCACUGCAACCAGGCAAGUUUGGUCCACUAGGUCACCUGGCAACCAAGUAGGACCCGUUGAGUCUUGCCUGUCACGUUGUGGUCAAUUUUAUAAGCCUCACAGAGAGAUGGAGGCAAUUUUGGUGCUGACUUCCAGCAGACUUGUAAGCCCGUCUUGUACAGCUUGGAAAUCUUGACCAGGUCUGCACCUUCUGGAGGGGUGUUUUUAGCUGAGCUGGGUUUGGACGCUACUAGUAACAAGUGCCACGCUAGUAGUAACAAGUGCCUUACUAGUAGUAACAAGAAGAAUUUAAUGAUUCUU